AUGCGAACGAUACCUGAAGCUCAAACUUUUCCAGACAAACCAUUUCGGGCACAGCUGACCGAAUGUGACUUGGAAGGCACGAGCCUUGGAUGUGGCUCCAGCGAUAUGAGGUUGGAAGAUGAGGAUAAUGUUACCGAAGACGCGCCAGUCAAGCACAUUUGCCGAAGAGGUGCCUCGCGUGAAGAUUACUGCUGGAGUUUGGGCGCUUAUUGCGGAGAAACCGCCGUAAAGGUUGCUCGCACUGCAACGAGGCAUCGCUGCGAGGCAGUACAGCAGUCCGAAUUGCACGAGAGAUGCCGGCGGCUGUUCGAAUUGCGUUCGAGCUCGCGAACACUGCCCUGGGAAGGCGGCCAGUAUUUUUGA